GUUUUAAUUGAUCAUUGUUUUAGUUUGUUUUUGAUCAUUGUCCAUCAAACUGUUGCUGGCAUCAAGUGUCAAGUCAGAUUUGUAAUUUGUAAAAAAGUACAGAGUAUUGUUCCAGAAGCUAGAACCAGCAAAUGCACUCAAUCGUCUGUAUAUUAGAAUCACCGUCCUGCAAUAAAUCCCAUUUUUAUGAAUGUUAUAAUCUUCAAUCCCUACUGGAAGAGACCUUUUUGCUGCAGACCAGGCAGAGAAAGAGUUAAUAGGCCUGCACGUUUGGGAAGCAGCGAGCAGUUGGAGAGUAAAGCCCGAGGAAGAGAGAGAGAGAGAGAUGAAAAGCAGGAGGGAGAAGGGAGAGCGAGGGCUGGCUGCAGUCUCUUUGCCUCGUGACGGCGUCUGCAGCGUGAGUUUGUUUACAUCCAUCGGCAGCAGACGUCCUCGGAUUGUGAACUUCUGCUUCAUCUUCAGUGAAUCCGGAUCAUCGAACUUCCUCUCCUCCUCCAUCGUAUCAAGUAGACUAGGACAAACUGCUUUCUGGAGCAGCCGUGGAUCUACGCAGGAAGAGGGGCACCUCACAUGGGAGUGUGUGACCGUGCGUGUGAGGGUGUGUGUUCAGGCCUCCUGCCGCAGCCCGCUCUUCCCGGACAGGCAUGGCGGGGGUCCGAGAGCGCGGCUCCCGGAUCCAGAGGCCGUGGUCGGUGUACCGGGCCAGCACAUUCGAGCUGUCCAACGAGAUGAUCGGCCUCGCUCUGGCAGGAAACAGUCAGGACCCAGAUGAGCCGGUGCUGGAGUUCAGCGUGGUUUGCACAGAGCUGCUGACUCCGGCGUCGGACAGAAAACCCAACAGCUUUGUAGCAGUGAGCUGCACGACACCACCGCAGGCCUUCUGGACCAAACACGCCCAGACCGAAGUCAUAGAGGGCACCAGUAACCCCAUCUUCCUCAGCAGCAUCGCCUUCUUCCAGGAGUCCAACAUCAACCAGCAGACGCAGGUGAAGCUGGCCGUCUACGACGUCAAGGACCGCUCGCAGGGCACGAUGUACAUGUUGGGCUCAGCACUUUUUCCUGUAAAGGAGUUGUUGCAAGAGAAGAGCCACAGAUUACAGCUCGAACUGAGAUCAGCAGAGAACGAGCGGGUGGGGAACAUCACCAUAGCUGCCUGGCAGAUGGAGGAGAGAGCAGACCAGAGGACCGGCUGCCUGCCAGACGGCAUCAACGGGCGGACGGUGCUGUCCGUCGAUGAGAGCCUCACCGAGUCCAUGGGAGUCCGAAUCAAGUACGCCUCGCUAUGCAAAGACACCCUGCUGCGCUCAGUGUUUGGAGGCACGAUGUCCAGGAUGUACCGCUUCCCCACGACUGACGGGAACCACCUACGGGUGCUGGAGCAAAUGGCCGAGAGCGUCCUCUCAUUAAACAUCCCCAGACAGUUUGUCAAACUGCUGCUGGAGGAGGACGCAGUCAGGGUGUGUGAGCUGGAGGAGCUGGGAGAGUUAUCCCCCUGCUGGGAGAAUCUGCGGCGACAGAUUGUCUCUCAGUACCAGACGAUAAUACUCGCGUACCAGGAAACACUGUCGGACCUCAACAACUACAGAGGUCCAUCGUUCAAAGCCAGCAACCUGAAGGCAGAGAGGAAGCUCGAGUUCAUGCCAACCAACCUACACAUUCAGAGGAUGAGGGUGCAGGAUGAGCUGGGCUUUGAUCACACGUACGAUGUGAUAACGAUCGGAGCUCCGGCGGCUCACUGCCAGGGUUUUAAAAACAGCGGUUUGCGGAAACUCAUCCAGAGGUUUGAGGAGGCAAAGAAACACGUAUAUGAGGAGGAAUGCGCCCUCUCCAGCUCGCAGUCCAUCGUCUACAUCCCCCAGGACAUCGUCAGAGCCAAAGAGAUCAUCGCACACAUCAACACGCUGAAGACUCAGGUCAGCUACUACGCAGAGAGGCUUUCCCGAGCCGCCAAGGAUCGGUCUGCCAGCGGACUGGAGAGGACGCUCGCUAUACUGGCUGAUAAGACUCGUCAGUUGGUGACGGUAUGCGACUGUAAGCUGCUGGCUUCAGCCAUUCAGGCCCUGAACGCAGCACGGCCCGAGUACAUCGCCUCCAAAGCGUCUCCCUCCGCCGACUCUGAACAAGUAUGCCUGCGUAACGACCAGGACACGCUGCUCGCCAAGUGGAGCGGUCGCAACAGUCGAUCCUCGCUGCACGUAGACUGGCAUGAAGAGGAGUGGGAGAAGGUUUGGGUGAAUGUGGAUAAAUCUCUGGAGUGCAUCAUCCAGCGUGUUGACAAGCUGCUCCAGAAGGAGAAGAGGCCCAGCGCCAGCAGUCAGGACAUUACCCAGACUGACCUGCAGGGCGGCGCCAGUAAGAAAGGUGAAGGAAAAAGACGAGCUUUCUGGAUCAACCCAGGAAGUGUAUCAGAGGAAUCUUCAUCAUUACCAUCAUCAUCAUCAUCACCGCCACCAUCCUCUUCCUCUCUGCCCGCCCUCUCCUCUGCACAAGAGUCCUAUGGAAGCCCCAGUGCUGAGGAGGCGUACCCAGGCGAGUGGAGCGAGGCGCUGUACCCUCUGCUCACCACGCUCACAGAGUGUGUCGCCAUGAUGAGCGACAAGGCCAAAAAGUCCAUGGUGUUCCUGCUGAUGCAGGACAGCGCCCCGACGAUAGCCAUGGACCUGUCGCUGCAGUACCGCCGCGACGUCGUCUUCUGCCAGACGCUCACUGCUCUCAUCUGCGGCUUCAUUAUCAAACUGAGGAACUGUCUCCGUGACAACGGAUUCCUCCGACAGCUGUACACCAUCGGCCUGCUGGCUCAGUUUGAGUCCCUGCUCAGCACCUACGGAGAGGAGCUGGCCAUGUUGGAGGACAUGAGUGUCGGCAUCAUGGAUCUCCGCAACGUCACCUUUAAGGUGACCCAGGCCACAGGCAGCUCCGCCCCCGACAUGUUGCCGAUCAUCACGGGGAACCGGGACGGCUUCAACGUCCGCAUCCCGCUGCCCGGCACCAUGUUUGACGCGUUACCGCGGGAGAUCCAGAGCGGCAUGCUGCUGAGGGUCCAGCCGGUGCACUUCAACGUGGGCAUCAACGAGCAGCAGACGCUGGCGGAGAAGUUUGGAGACACUUCCCUGCAGGAGGUCAUCAACCUGGAGAGUCUCUCCCGGCUGAACUCGUACUAUGAACAGUUUAAAGAAGUCCUGCCUGAGGACUGCCUCCCGAGAUCUCGCUCUCAGACUUGUCUCCCCGAGCUGCUCAGGUUUCUGGGGCAAAACGUCCACGCCAGGAAAAACAAGAACGUGGACAUUCUCUGGCAGGCAGCCGAGAUCUGCCGCCGGCUCAACGGGGUUCGUUUCACCAGCUGCAAAAGCGCCAAAGACCGCACGGCCAUGUCGGUGACCCUGGAGCAGUGCCUGAUCCUGCAGCACGAGCACGGCAUGGCGCCGCAGGUCUUCACGCAGGCCCUGGACUGCAUGCGCAGAAUUGGGACGCGGGAGGGGGUGAUCCAGAAGAACCUGAGCGGUUUGCUGCCAGUGCGUGACUUCCGGCUGGACCCCAGCCUCCUGUACUCGCUGCCCCUGCUGGCCCUCAGCCCCAACCUCCUGGUGGUGUGGAUCUUCCUCAGCGUGGCCUAUUUCCUGGCCAAACUCCGCUGCAGCUGAGCCACGCCUUUUUAUGAGGAGGUGUGGGAACACUCCACACGGACUCCUGAGGGUGUUUCAGUGUGGAUGUAAUCCUGUCCCAGCCUCACUAAGGGCUUUACACAGCUGAUGUCCCGUUCAUCACCUACUUUUGUUUUGUUUAUGGGCACUUCCUGUUUGUUGUUUCCUGUUUUCAAACAAACAGAAAAAUGUUUGGCAAGCCUGGAAAAAUAUCAACUCUGAUAUUACGAUUGACUUUUAAUCAAAUCCACAACAAUAGAGCCGUACCGAUCCACAGUCAGAGUCGUAGCUUUGAAACACAUCUUUAACUCUAGUCCAGGAAUUGUUAGGGUACAACAAGUGGUUUAUAUUUAAGAUUUAGAUAAAUAGUCUCAAGUGCAUUUACAUGUAAAUCUCACUGAUAUAUUUGUAGUGGAUAGCGCCCUCUUGUGGACAGAUGUGUGAUCUGCCUUAUUCUUCAUUCACUGACAACAAAAUACAAAACAGAGUGAAAACACAAAGCCACAGUUUGUAUAUUUGCAGGCCAGAGUUGUGAAUAUGUAUAAACCUAUGCAGAGUAUGUGUGUGUAUAUAUAUAUAUCCAUAUAUAUAUAUAAAUCUUGCUUUCAGGAAAGAGUUAUUGUCGAUAGCAGCUAUAAUAAUGGAUAUUUAUCGUAAAUAAUUUGUGCAAUAUGUUUCGCUUGCUUGAUUUAUCAUCGUCUUCCAUGUGCUUUUGCACCUUACAAGCUAAAGUGGAAGAAACUAAAGCUUUUAUUUUGUGCCAAAAUGAAGUAAGCUUACCCUGGCUAAUAUAUAUAUUUAUAUUUUCAGGCAGUAUUUGCUUAUUCUAUUUCUUUCGGUCUUCCUGCUUUUCUAGACGUAGAAGGAGCUUCUACUUCAGCCUGGGUCACUGACUCUGUUUACAUGUUAACAUUAUCCAAACUUUAGCCUUUUAUUGGCUUAAAUAAGAAAGAAUCUAUUUAAUUACAUGUCUGUAAAGUGAGAAAACGUAUUUAUAUCCAAGAUAAAUGAACUGAACUCAUGGAAACACUUCAACCAACAACACAGUAUUCCCUUUCCUGCGAGAGACAAAGGAAACGUCCGCACCCCCGAUUCAUGUGGCCCAAAGUGUUUUAAAUGCCUUGCAUACCUUACAUACCUUGCAUACCUUGUCUCAGGCCUCGUGACAACAUGCAUGACCCAAGAUGAGGAGCCGUGUGAUUGAACGGCAGUAUGUGUGUUUUCCUUUGUAGCAGUUUUGUAGCAGAAACGAAAGCGCCCUCCCCGUGUGUCUGCUAAUUCACCAAGACCGCAUCAGCACAUCUCGUACGCACUCGUAAGUGUUUGUGUGUCGGAAAACGCAGAAUAAUAUUACAUUAGACCUCCUGCAAGAAAACGGAGAGAUGUUCUCCUGCAGCAGAUCAAUGAGGAAGUGUCGUACAACCUGCUGACCGUGCAGGUAAACGCACACGGCAACAAUAUAAAUAUAACGCCACGAGAGGUUAUGUAGUCCUCACUAGAUGUUAUGUAUGCAAGGUAUCGUCAGUGAGCGACUAGCUGCAGUGUUUCAGAAGUAUGCUCCCAAACAAAUGAGAAAAUAAUGUUCAUUUCUACAUUUUCAUUGCGAGUCCCUCCAGCUGGUGAACGUAUGAGUGUAGGAUAUUCAGGGGUUUGAUUACGCAGUGUAGAACUGUACGUUUAUAUCAGCUGUCUUUAAAAGAAACCGGUACAGAGCGCAGCUCCAACAGUUGUUGUUAUUAUUAGCUUCAUGAAGUCGAUGAAGGAAGUGGUUUCAUUUGUAGUUUGAGCUGGAAGAUGAACGAAUGAGGAAUGUAUUCAUGCUCGUGCCAAAUGCUUCAGUCGGGUUUUUAAACGAGGAUUUGUGUUUGCAGGUUUCUUUGUCUGAAUGCACGUGCAUGUUGGUUCUUCUGCAAAGUGAAGGACAAACACGCCGGAGAACGUGUCUUAGUUUGAGAGAUUCGUAACUCUGACUUCCAAAACCCCAAAGAUUAAGAUUAAUUAUACAGUUGGUGAUGAAGCCAAGCUCGUGUUUCCCAGUUACCAACGGCGACCCAGUAAGGAAAUGGAUCAAACCAAAAAUAGCCUCUUUUGGGAGUUCCCCGUCCUCACGACCCCGAAACACUGGAACACGACGCAGCGGCCCGUGUGUCACCUCUCUUCUUUUCACGCUGGCACUGAGACAUCGCUCCGUGUUCUCAAAUCACGCCGCUCCUUGUUGUAUUUAUCGGUCCGUAGAGAUUUGUUGUACGUUCUGACACUCGCACACUUCCUUUGAGGAUUAUUGUGGAUUUCCAGCGCUCGAACCUUAAAGGAUGCAUUUCAGAUGAAAGGUCAAAUAUAAUAAAAUGCAUUUAGCUUCCUAUUUAAAUAAAUAGUUUGAUAUUUUGAGAAUUAUUCGCUUCUUCUUCUUCUACCCUUUUUAACUUAUAAUUCACUCUUUAUUAUGGUUGUUUUUUACUAUAUAUUUGAGUUUAGAACUACCUCUGUGAGACGGAAGUUAGACGUUACAUUUAAAAUAAGUAAAUAUAUAAAUGCUGAUAUAAAGUAUAUAACACUGAGUGAAGGAACGGGAAUUAUUUUAUGAAAAACGUGUAAAAAUAUGCUUUAAAAUGACGUAAUUUAAAUUCCCCAUACGGACAGUAAAUAAAAGAAUCCUUAUAUUGACCUUUUUAUUUCUUUGUUUUUUUAUUGGUAUGAAUCCAGAUGUAUCACAGAAUAUAUUUGUAUCGCUGUACAUAAAUUGUGUUUAUGUAUUGCCUGAAACGUUUGCUAAAUAUUGUCUUUAGUUAUUGCAAAGCAGAGAAUAAUAUAAUCUAUACAAUGUGAUUGUUUUGCUUGUGCCAUACCUGUCACUUUAUAUCGCAGCGCGACAUGUCUCUGACCUCCUGUUAACAAUAUCAUUGUGAAGAGGUUGUUUUUAAUGCUAACAUUUAACAUAUUUAUUUCAAAUAUUUACCUAGAAUGUGUUCUUAUAUUUAAAGGAAAUUAUUGUUAGGAUUUCCUUUUAGUGCUGACCAGUCAAAAGUGUUUUUAUUUAAGCUUUAAAUCAUUUGUCAAAGUUUUGGGAAUAAUAAUUAUUUAAUUUUAGUGUUAAAAGUAAUCGGACAGAUUUCAGGUCAGCAAACUGAAUUGUCUUUAUUUGUGCUUCUCUUCCUCCGUUAGCACUUACAUGUCCAAAAGCUUUAGCCUUUGCUGCGUCCCCAUGUCGCUCUAAAUGUACCACAAACCUAAGAAAACCUCCAGUCAGUGUGUCCCUGAACGCCACACGCCUGCUGUAAUAAAGGUGUUCUGCCUGCAGCUGCAGAAUAUAACCAGACUGAA